AAAAUGUUGAACGUAAUAAAUACCGAAGAUAUCUCGGCAAAAUGGAACUAUGCAAAACUGGCGUGAACGAAACUUUUACGAGAAUACGUACACCUACUUCAGAACUACUUACUUAGAAACUCGUUGCUUUUAAAUCAGCGCUUUUACGGGUGUCCUGACAGUGAUAUCGGUGUUAUUCAGGAACUCAGGCGAGACACAUUUACCUAGCGUUUUGCAUCACCCGAAGAAGAAGAAGAUGCUAAAGAAAAUUCGAAAGAGCUCCCGGAAAAAAGCAUUAAAAUGCGAGAGCUGAACGCCACCGCAUGCGCUGCUUUGUACGACGGUGUCGAAUGGUCAAGCCUGUGGAACGUUAUCACCUUAAUCGUCCUAGCGCUCGUCAAUGUCUCAGUGGUGAUAGGCAACGUCUUGGUAAUACUUGCCGUCUACAGUAACAGCAAAUUAAGAAACGUAACGAAUAUGUUCAUCGUGAGUCUAGCCGUGGCCGAUCUGAUGGUUGGCGUUGCCGUUUUACCGUUCAGCGCGGCCUGGGAAGUUUUCAAGGUUUGGAUAUACGGAGAUCUUUGGUGCUCUGUGUGGCUGGCAGUCGACGUUUGGAUGUGCACGGCGUCGAUAUUGAAUUUAUGCGCUAUCAGCUUGGAUAGGUACUUGGCUGUGACUAGGCCAGUCAGCUAUCCUCAGCUUAUGUCAACAAAACGGGCCAGAUUGCUGAUAGCUAUUGUCUGGGUUUUGAGCUUCGUCAUCUGUUUUCCACCCUUAGUGGGAUGGAAGGACGAACGGUCGUAUUCCGCGUAUAACGUGUCGUUUCCCUUAUAUGGACCGUCCAACACCACCACUAUACUCGUGCCGGUGAAACCGUGUCCAUGGAUUUGCGAGUUGACUAACGACACCGGUUACGUUGUAUACAGCGCUCUAGGUUCCUUUUACAUACCGAUGCUAGUCAUGUUGUUUUUUUAUUGGCGGAUUUACAAUGCUGCGGUUUCCACGACAAAGGCCAUUAAUCAAGGUUUCCGGACAACAAAGUCCUCGAAAAUGCUCGGCAACAGGUUCGACGAACAUAGACUGACCUUACGGAUACACCGUGGUCGCAAUAGCAUUCACAACGGUAACGGCAACUCAAGAAGUCCGGACUCAAGCGGUCGUAACUCCGUCAAGCGAGAAAAAAUCAAAAUCUCGGUGUCAUAUCCGAGCACCGAGACGCUCGACACUAAAUGCAACACCCUCGAGAGAACGCCGUCGAGAUGUUCGCAAAUCUCAGUUCAUUACAGCAACGGACAGUCGCAGACGCAACUUUGUUCACCCUCGCGAAACGCAUACCUUAAGGUUGAUAAUAUUAAUAGGAUUGGAAGUAGCAAGAGACCAAGUAGACGGAGCAGUUGCGACAGUCACGUAACUACUGAUGAACUGUCGUUACGCGAAAUAACACCGAGCAACGAGGAAAAACCUCGCAAGAUAAAAUUAGGCAAGAGAAACAUAAAGGCUCAAGUGAAGAGAUUUCGCAUGGAAACUAAAGCGGCGAAGACUCUGGGCAUCAUCGUAGGUGGUUUCAUUAUGUGCUGGCUGCCGUUUUUCACCAUGUACCUGGUGCGCGCGUUCUAUCCAAAUCGCAUUCAUCCGGGUGUUUUUAGCGUGCUGUUCUGGCUGGGAUACUGUAAUUCCGCGAUAAACCCCUGCAUCUACGCGCUCUUCAGCAAGGAUUUUCGUUUCGCUUUCAAAAGAAUCAUCUGCUGCAACAACUCCUGCAUACAACGCGCCAAUAACGCGCGCCGUGACAGCGAUGGCAGUCAGUUGACAAUGAGAAACGAACGAAGUCCGAGUUAUUCGAUCCGUUCGACGCCACAGCAGAGAAUAUCCAUUGACGAUUCCGAUCCCGAUCCAACGUCGGAGCCGACCCAUUCCCAGAGCGAGUCCAGAUAAUUUCCACAUGUCAUCGCUUUUAAUCUGACGCGCAAAAAAUCGUUGUUUCCAAUUUUCAAUUCUCCAGGAUGAAGAUCUCGUCCUUGUAAUAAAAACGGUUACUUUCGAGGUGUAUACUAUAUAUAUAUAGUCUGUGUGUACACAUUGGACAGCACAUUUAAUAAAUUUGUUUUGCCGGCCGGACUAAUUAUGUUGCAUCAGCGUUUUGCAUUGUACAUUAAACUCUCUCGAUGGGGGGCCUAAUGCGGCCUUUUUUUAACUGAAGUAUUCUAAGAAACAAUAUGAUUUCUCGCAUGCGGUUGUAUAAUAAAUAUUGUAUAUAUAAUAUAUUGUUGUUCACAUGUGUAUGUGUGUAAUACAUGUGUACGUCGUACAAAUAAACUAUGCUAAUAAACGCGCGGUUAUUGUUGGACAACGCUUAGUUCUAACGUUCGCGUGCAAAUUAUAUAUUCAGUGUCUCGCUAUAUCUCAGGACUUUCCACCUUCUAUAUUUUACAAAGUAACUGAAGUUUUAGUGGGAGUUGUGCGAAGCGAUCGACCGAAUUUGAUGUGUGGUUUAUAUAUAUAUAUAUACGUAUGUGUAAAUAUUUAUAAAAAAAAACA